AUGCACCGGCGAUGGGGGCCUCGCCGGCGUUCCGCCAGGCUGCUAGCCCGAGCGGAUCUCAUCAGCGAGCUCCCCGACGAUCUGCUCCUCCUCGUCCUCACCCGUCUCCACUGCGCCGCCACCGCCGCGCGCACCGGCAUCCUCUCCCGCCGGUGGCGUAGCCUCUGGCCCCGCCUCCGCCGAAUCGUCUUCCACGACGUUCCGUUCCGCUCGCUCGAAGCGGUGCUCGGCUGCUUCCCCCUUCCCCCGCCCGCGGUUUCCCUCAUCGUCAUCCGCCUCCCCAAGCAGGACAACCGCGUCCCCAAGGAGCAGCGCGCGGACGACGAAGCCCGCGUCAACUCGCUGCUCCGCGCCGCCGCGCGGCUCGAGCCGGAGAUGUUCAUCUUUGAGCUCCCCUCGGAGUUAAUCGAGGGUUCCUUCGUCGUCGACCUGCCUUGCUUCCACCGCGCCACCACCAUCAUGCUGCUCCUUUCCUCCGUCGUCUGCUCCUUGCCAGCCGGCGUCGAGUUCCCCGCACUCGAGACGCUAUCCCUCUCGUACUGCACUGCCAACAUCGACCGCUUGCUCUCCUGCUGCCCGCGCUUGCGCACGCUCUACCUCACCUUGGUUUCUUUCGAUAAGGACGGCCUGACGGUCAACUCGGCAUCGCUUCAGGAGAUUGCAGUGGUCGCCUGCAGGGUAAGCAAUAUCAACAUCGUUGCCCCGGUGCUUAAACAAUUGAGCAUGACCAUUCACACCUCGGAGGAAGUCAGCGUUUCCGCCUUGGCACCCAUGGUAGAGAAAGUUUCGUGGCAUUGCUCCUGGUUCGUGGCACCCAUGUUUGGUGUUUGGCAACUGGACAGUUUGGAGCUAAAGACGGCAGAGAGACAAGGACAGCUCCCUUCGCUGCACAUUCAUGCCUCUGCUUACACCGUUCGGUCCUUCUCCUGCUCAAUUUUCUGCACACUCGUGCUCCGACUACACUAA